CAUGCCUGAGGAUCACUCUCAUUCUUCGAGGCGGCGAUCACGCUCACCAGGUCGCUCAAGACGUGAUCAUGAUCAUCGUCAAAGGAGACGAAGUCGUUCUCCAGCUCCGGUUCAGCUGCCCAUGAAUGCGCGUGCCCUUGUCAAACAUGAUCUGAAGGAGUUCAAGAGACUGUUUGCUCUGUAUCUUGACAUUCAGAAGCAGAUUGAAAUAGACGAGCUGGAUGAGACUGAGAUCAAAGAAGGUUGGUAUGACCCUGUGACUAAAGAGAAAGCCGACCACGCCGCUGCCGAAGCAAAGACGACACGCCGUAGCCCACCCNCGAGAGAACGACUAGAACAAGACCACCACCAGCAUGUGCAACAAGCAGCUGCUAGCCAGCCAGCUGCCGACCAUGAGGACAGCGAAGACGAAUAUGCGCCUUCUCUGCCGACUAACAUAACUCGUGUUGGACCUGCCGUACCAUCCAUCCAGGAUCUGCAAUAUAGAAAUGGUACGCUUGUGUUGGGAAGGCACUUGGACAUAACACUCAAUAGGCUAACACUUUACANNGAACUUGCCGAGGAAGGCGAAACCGCCCGCCGACAAGACCUACGCUUCGACCGAAAGAUGGAUCGAAAGUUGCAGAAGGAGCGCUUAGAGGAACUCAACCCACGCGCCGAGCCAGGCUCCCGGGAGCGCCAGCUCGAGAAGAAGCGCGAGAAGGCUGUUGCGAAUCGCGCGUUCCGCGAAGAAANNAAGUCCCCAGGAGCCGAGGAGGUUGGUGAAGGCGACCUGAUAGGCAGCGAGGACGGCAUCAAGGCUCAUCUCCAAGCCACCCAGCGCAAAAAGUCGGAACGUGAAUUGAGAAAGGAAGAGAUUCUCCGCGCUCGCGAGGCCGAGCGAGAAGAAAGACUUGCACACCACAGAGCCAAGGAAGAUAAGACCAUGGAGAUGCUCAGAAACCUCGCCAGACAACGCUACGGC